AUGGAAGCCACUGAAGAAACCCCAGCAGAUAACCAAAGCCUGACUGAAGGCACCUCAGUCACAUUGAAUAGGGACACUGGUGCAGAUAAAGUUCUUGCUUCACUAGAGGGCAAGAGGAAGAGAAAAGGGUACUUGCCAACUGAGUCAGUGAAGAUCCUCCGAGACUGGCUGUAUGAACACCGGUUUAAGGCCUACCCUUCAGAAGCAGAGAAGCGAAUGCUGUCUGAGCAGACUAAUUUGUCUUUCCUGCAGAUCUCUAACUGGUUUAUCAAUGCCCGCAGACGUGUUCUUCCAGAAAUGCUUCAACAGGAUGGAAAUGACCCCAACCAGACCAUCAUAUACCACCAAAAAGGCAAGGCUGCUGAUGUGACCCAUGAGCAGAGCACAGAUUUAUCUCCACAGUCCAGGUCAGGGCCGAGAGGUCCAGACAAGAUGCAGUGCCUGCCCUUGAGCCUCCUUCCAGUGGGCCAGAAGACAGAGGAGAAGCUGCUAGAUUCAGAGUUGUCCCCAGGCCAGAAGCUGACCCCAAAGGCCCAGCCAAAUAAAAUGAUCAAGUUUUCCACUAGUGAAUCCUUGCUUAUGACAUCUCCCAAACCUGUGUUAACAGAGGAGUACAAGGACUUCAGUAGCUUCCAGCUGCUGGUUGAUGCAGCUGUGCAAAAAGCUGCAGAACUGGAGCUACAGAAGAAACAAGAGCCCAAUCCAUGA